GAACAGACGACCGUCCGCGCUCGGUUCCAUUGUGUCCCGAGAUUGAACUACAUUUAUUUUCCUAAUCAUCUUUUCAACCAACCAGCUCACACGUUCGGUGACCGCCCAUCGCCGGUGACUCAUCGCUGAUUGGUCGGGCGAUUUUAAGUGGGAGGAGCCGCCGCGAGUGAAUCGCAUGGGUUUGCGUCUUCUUGAAUUACACGUUUGUAAACAAAUGUAACCUCAUUGAGUUAGACAUUUAGUAGCCUCCUUGCAGCAGUAAGCGAAACACGGUCACCCUGGAUCUGAACGAACUGAAGCCUGCCCCCCUGAUGUUAGAUUCAGCACCAUCCUGCGACUUGGGCGAACGCGGCGGCGGCGGCGGUCAGAGUCCCGACAACACCAUGAAGCAAGUGGAUAUUAACCACCUACUAAACGCCGUCGACAGCGAGAUGACGGUGGGUAGCGAGAAGGGAGACCCCACCGAGAGGCAGUUGUCUGUGAAACUAGAAGAUAAGGAACUCUGGGAAAAAUUCAAGGAGUUUACCAAUGAAAUGAUCGUCACAAAGAACGGAAGACGGAUGUUCCCCGUGUUUCGAAUUGGAAUAACCGGCUUGGACCCCAAUGCCAUGUACACGUUGCUGUUGGACUUUGUGCAGGUGGAUAACCACCGCUGGAAGUAUGUGAACGGGGACUGGGUCCCUGGGGGCAAGGCGGAACCCGCCGCCCCUAACUGUGUCUAUAUCCACCCUGACUCCCCCAACUUCGGUGCUCAUUGGAUGAAGGAGAUUAUAACAUUCAGCAAGGUUAAACUCACCAACAAACUCAACGGAGGUGGCCAGAUCAUGCUGAACUCACUACACAAGUAUGAACCUCGGUUACACAUCGUCAAGGUGAACAGUCGGACUCAGAAGAAGAGCAUCAUGACGUUCAGCUUCCCAGAAACGCAGUUUAUCGCCGUCACAGCCUAUCAGAACGAGGAGAUCACAGCUUUAAAAAUCAAACAUAAUCCUUUUGCCAAAGCAUUUUUGGAUGCCAAAGAAAGUUCUUUUAGACCUGAACAGAGAGACUUCAUGGAUGCUGACCCUGAUGGCCAAAGAUCGUUAUCACACUUAACGAGUACUUGGUACCUACCUCCAGGCAGUCACACGUUGGUUCCGCCCCCAGCACACCAGUUCGCUAACCCGCUAGGUCUUUCCAACCCCCACUGCGAACGUCUGUCUUUCAGAAAUUCGCGACCUUCACCUUACGGUCACCCGUACCAAAGACGAUCACCUCCACACAGCAAUCUCUCUCGGGAUGUGGGCGCGAACCUGCCCAUGCUGAACUUGACGGAGAACUGGGCGCACAUGUCUGCCGGGGGUCACGGGAUGUUGCAGAGUCAGGCAGCGGCCGCCACGCAGGGCCAGUACGGGAUGUGGAUGAGCAGCGCCGUGGGCAACCUGUCGCCAAACCAAAACUGUGCAAUGCCGUACCUGCGCUCCACGGCGCCCUACUCCUUGCCCACGUGCACGCCGUCGGUGACGUCGAAUCCGACGAUUCCCACGCCCAGCAUUACGUCACAGACCGGCUACGACCACCCGUGUGACAUCAGCUACUCGAACGCGGGUGUGCGGGAGACGGCGCGCUCCAACUGGAGUCCGUUAACGCCACCCCCUUUAUGACAUUCACCUCGGGUCUGAAUGACCUACCUCCCUUCCUUUCCAAUUGUGAUAAUAUAAGAAUAUAUAAAAAUAAAAAAUAAAAAAUGAGUCACGGCUGGACGGGCACCAGUCAAAAAUUUUAUGUUAAUAACACAAGUGACGGCAGCGGAACAAUUAACGUCCGCGGUUUUUUUUCAGACGUUACUUCCACGAUCUUUGAACGGACGCUGUAGUGUACGGCACGCCGGUCGUUAUCUGUGUCUGCGACGUGCUAUUGAAAUGUAGGAUGUAAUGUGGCCGUCAAGCUAUUAACAUUCGAUCGGGUCGGUUCAUCUACAGAUAGCGAGUCUUGCGAAGGUAAUAGAGACAGUGGCUCCACACUGACACUUUAGUUCUUCACACAAUGUCAGCCAAGUGACGUUUGUAUCGGCGGGAUAUCUAUCUUAGAUCUUGUCAUUUGUAAAACAGAUUCUUUGGACCUGUUUGUCAAACCGAGACCUUAGCAGACGACACUCGUACAGGCGCGCAGACGUGUACGGCCAAAUGAUACUCGUAUAGAGUCAGACGAUACUCAGACGAUACUCAUAUAGUCAGACGAUACUUGUAUAGAGUCAGACGAUACUCGUAUAAGAGUCAGACGAUACUCGUAUAACAUGUACAACCAGUCGACAUGUACAACCAGCCGACAACAUGUACAACCAGACAACAUGUACAACCAGAAGACAACUUGUACAACCAGACAACUUGUACAACCAGACGACAAUAUGUACAAUCAGACGACAACUUGUACAGUUGGCCGUAUACAACUCGUAUACAGCCAAGCGACAAAUGAACCGUCAAACGACUUGGCAAGAUACACCAAUAAAAACUGAAAACAACAAAAGCUGGGGGAAAAAAAAAAAGAAGAAAAAAGAAAGAAAGAGGAGUGUAGGCCUACGAAAAUGUGGCUAAAAACCCGCACCAGGGAGUGGGUAUCAAGUUAGACACCUCUGUGAAGCUGUGCUAGGAAUUCGUUACAUUCUUUAUCGAAAAAGAUGUGCAAUAGACAAAUUCAUUGGAGUGAUGAUCAAACUUAAAUAUGGCGGCUCGGUCACGCCGAUCAUUUGAACAGGUGGCCAGUGUCAACAGAUCGUUAGCGCGUAUUGAUAUUAUGAAGCGCCCACUGGAUGGCGAAUCCACACGGCAAACAAACAGUUAACUCACUUUCGCGCAGCUUGCAAAACCCCGGCAAAACGGGCAAAGCAAUUAGGAUAGGACACGUUGGGUGCAAAAAAAAAGUGGUCUACGAUAGCGACGCUGUUCGCUUGCUCUCUCCCUCUCUGUGUGUAUCAUCUCUAUGUGUGUGUCUCUCCCUUUAAAAGUUCUAAUUUAUUGACCAACACCCAACUAAGGUCACUUGACACCCGAUCAUCUAGUUCAAACAACUGCUGAGACUGGAGGUUUUUGAGGACACAGUGUAUAUUGUUUGAAUGUUUUUAAUGUUUUCUGUUAGUCUAGUCCACAGCCUCACGUAGAUGAGGUGGGUAAAAGCGCAAGACAAACUUACCACAAGUGCAAACAUUGGAGUCUCACCAUUAUGUCGUACUUAAAAGAAAUCCAUCAUUUAUUUUAUUUUUUAUUUUUUUUAUCAAAGUGCCUUUGAGACAAUCAUAUGACUUUGUUAAUUUAA